AUGCCUACCAUCGGUCAAGUUUACCAGCUUUCCAAGACUGAAGAAGAUUCUUCAAAGAUUGGCACUGCGUUCGGAGAUAUCAGCAUUCUAGGCGAAAAGGUCCGCAAGACCCAGUUUGCCAACCCGUUGACUCAGGCCAUCCUGUUUCUCCAUCCACACUUGACCCAAACAUACAACCCCCUCAAAGGCCGAACACUGAGCACCAAUGGUCCUAUUCGCGCCGGAGAGCUCCUCAUGGCCGACCUUCCCUAUGCCGUGUUGCCAACCGUGGCGGUUGGGGAUAGCGACCACUCCAUUUGCAGCAACCUGGGCUGCAGUCGACGCGUUUCCCGGCAUGCAGCAAAUAGUGUUACAUGCGAGACUGGCUGCUCGCUCGAGAUCUGGUGGUGUAACGAGUCUUGUAAAGAUGAAGACCAGGCUCGUCACGACUUCGAGUGCGCCUGGCUGAAGAAGUACAGCCCUGUUCUCCGCCAGGAACUCGGCGAUCACGAUUAUUACAUGCUUUGGAUCGUCAUCCGACUUCUUGCAGCCCGGUACCUCGAGCUUCAAGGCACAGCGCCAACCAACGUCCACCAGCAACUCACAUUCCAAGAUCGCUUCGUUAGCGGCUGGAAAGGCGUCCAGCUCCUCCGAAGCAACCGUGACUCCUGGCCCACAUCCCAGCUUCAACACUGGACCACCCUAGCGGAAAAAUAUCUGCUACAGUCUUCACUCCUCCCGGAAACCCUCGACCUCGAUACCCUCAUCGACCUGAUCUGCGCCGAGGAAACCAACGUUUUCGAACUUUGCCCUGGCCCGACGGAGAUCAUCCCACACCAAUCUCCGGGCGUCAAGCGCGGCACGCAAUACGGCCUAGCUGUGUUUCUGCGUAUCACGCUCGCAAAUCAUUCUUGCGCGCCCAAUGUGACACACCAAGCCGAUGACCGUGGUCGAAUGAUGGUGACUGCACUACGGGACAUCGCGCCAGGCGAGGAGUGUUGUACCUCCUACUUUGACCUGUCUGAAUACGUUGACCUGCAGGCACGUCGGAAGAAAACCCAGGAGUUGUUCACAUUCACGUGUACGUGCCCGAGGUGUUUGCAGGAGGAACGGGCCCAGGCUUAG